UCGCCAACGGCCGCAUGUUGGGGGCAUCUCAACGGUUACCCCCAGGCCGUCACCUGGCACCGACCUCCUCUAAGACGAAGGAGAGGCCCCGCCGCCGCCGCCGCCGCCGCCCCCCUCCCGCCGAGCCCUGCUGCCCCGGGGACGCGUCGUCGGCCGGGUUUCCGGGAGGGCUGCCGGCCUCUCCUCCAGGCCCGAGCCCCCCCCCUCCUCCCUCCCGGGGUGCGAAGGAGCGAGCGACGGAGUUUGGGUCCCCGACGCUCCCCGGAGUCGAAAGCAGGCCGGAAGUGGGUGGCUGAUGGGACGCUGCUCGCGCAUGCGCGGCACGCACCUACCCCGCCCCCUCCGGGCGGGACCCGGAUUUCCGGAUCGUCCGGCUCCAAGAUGGCGGACAGCGAGUACGAGUCGGUGCUGUGCGUCAAACCGGAAGUGCUGGUCUACCGGCUUCCCCCGCGCUCCUCCAACCGCGGGUACAGAGCUGCUGAGUGGCAGUUGGACCAGCCAGCGUGGAGUGGCCGGAUGCGCAUCACCUCCCAGGGGAAGAUGGCCUACGUGAAGCUGGAGGACAAGACUUCAGGAGAACUCUUUGCUCAGGCCCCAGUGGACCAGUUUCCAGGCCUCGCUGUGGAGGGCGUGACAGACUCCAGCAGGUACUUCGUCCUUCGGAUCGAGGAUGGAAACGGACGUCGGGCGUUCAUCGGCCUUGGCUUUGUUGACCGAGGCGAUUCCUUUGACUUCAACGUUGCGCUCCAAGACCACUUCAAGUGGGUGAAACAGCAGAGCGAGCUCGCAAAACAAGCCCAGAGUCCAGAACAGGGGCCAAAGUUGGACUUGGGCUUCAAGGAAGGACAGACCAUCAAGCUCAACAUAGCGAACAUGAAGAAGAAGGAGGGUGCGCUGGGGAGCAAAUCACGCACAGGAAGCUUGGGGGGCCCCAGUCUGAUUCCCCCCCCUCCAGGAGGAAGGGGCUCUUUCAUUCCUCUGCCCGAGAAGCAAACAUCGUCCCAUCCAGCAGAGUCCCCAGCAGGUGCCCCUGAAGCAGAGGCCUCCACAGCUUGGCCGCAGUGCCAGAUGCUUACAGCUGAAGCCACUGCUGAGAUCUGGGGAGACUUUGCUCAGGCUUCCGGGUCUGCUCCUGCCCCUCCUCAGCAGAGUAGAAGCUGGGUGCAGUUCUGAGCCAGGGCGAGCUCCACUCUCCCCACUCCAGGUGACGGAAGGCCAGCCUUUUGCUUUUCUCUUCUGCACGGAAGGCCAAGAGGAGCCCCCCUCUGGGCCUGUUCCAAGGGCUCCGUUUGCAACGUUUUCCAGCACGUGCCUUGGGCAGAAUGAAGAGGAAGAGUUCCGUAGCUACCCUCCCUCCCUCCCUCCCUCCCCAGCGUCAAGCGUGGGGGAUUCUUUUCCACAGCCUGUAAUUGCUGAAGGGGACUUUUUCCUGCACUCAGAUCACAGUGGAUGGAUCCAAAGGGCCUUGAAAGGGCAGCAAAAGAGAUCUCAGGGGAAGCCCUUCUGCCUUUCUCCCCCAGGGCAGAGAGUGGGGAGUCCCACCCCAGAGGUCUGGGGCUCUCUGGCCAAGUCCCUCCUGCAGGCUGGCCGCCACGUUCUCCAGGGGGAGGGACAGUGCUCGCUGGCACGCUGCUAGAUUUGCUUCUCCCACACUCUGCAGCGCAGCCUGCAUCUCUGUCCCCUUGGAUCAGAGCAGCCCAGGCCCACCUUGGUUCCUCCCGAAGCACAUUUGCACAGCAACUGGCUUGACUCCUCCGUCCCCAGAGUUCUGGACUCUGAGGCAGAAGCGGGUGGGAAGGGGGCGGUCUUUCAUCUGAGCAUGCCUUCACUUGUGGGGUAGUGGUAGGGGGGCGGGGGGAGGCUGGAAGGUGGUUGGGUGGCUGCCAUCCCUGAAAGAUAGCCCCCCCCACCCAGAUUGUCUUGUGAAGAGCCUUCCUCCCACCCCCUGCCUUCCCUCCACUUUAACAUUCCUUAUUGUUCUGCCGUAAAUACCCCGCCCCGUGCCCCCAAGCCUUUGGUUCCCCAAGAGCUCCUGGUCUGGCGGCCUGUGCGGUCUAGAUGUCCUGAAGGACCAGUCUGUUUGGGAGAUUGUGGUUAAGGAACUGUACUUGAAUUAUCUUUUAAAUAUACACGAAUGCAUCUAUAUUCUUACCUAUUUAUACUGAGGCGAAAGCCUCUUUCUCAGAAAGUUCUAUUUUGCAUCUCUGCAGAGUAUCUCCUGUUUUUAAACAACUGAUUCCUAAUUAAAGCAAUUCCUGGAAAA